AUGGAUGACGAAACAUUUCGCCUAAGAGUCUCCGAGAUGGCAGAGUUCAUCUCUAACUACCUCAGUACAGUCAAGGAACGCCGGGUGUUUCCUGACGUGGAACCAGGCUAUCUGAAGAGUCUACUCCCGGUGCAGGCACCGACAACAUCAGAAACUUUGGAGAGCAUUAUGAAGGAUGUAGAGAACAAGAUACUUCCAGGGAUGACCCAUUGGCAGCAUCCAUCCUUCCAUGCUUACUUUCCAGCUGGUAACUCCUACCCAUCUAUCUUAGCCAGUCUGCUCUCCGACGGAUUAGGCUGCGUCGGCUUCUCGUGGGCGGCAAGUCCAGCUAUGACUGAAUUAGAAACGGUGAUGGUUGAUUGGUUGGGUAGGAUGAUGGGCUUGCCCAAUGAGCUGUUGCCAUACACAAAGGGCUGCACGGGGGGCGGAGUUUUGCAGGGGUCUGCCAGCGAGUGUACUUUGGUGUGUAUGCUUGCUGCGAGGACAAAGGCUUUGCAGAAACUAAGAAAAGUUUAUCCGCAUAAAGACGAUUAUGAUUUGCUGCCAAAAUUGGUGGCAUAUUUCUCUGAAGAGGCGCACUCGUCUGUUGAAAAAGCUGCAAACAUUGCUUUUGUGAAGAGACGAAAACUUCCAACAGACAAGCACUAUGCAUUUAGAGGGAAGACACUUCGAAAAGCAAUGGAGCAAGAUGAAAAGAGCGGCCUUGUUCCUUUCUUCGUAUGCGGAACGAUUGGAACCACAAGCAGCUGUGCAUGUGACAAUCUCGAUGAACUUGGAGAGACGUGUUCAGCGAAUGGUAGAGAUGUAUGGUUUCACGUUGACGGUGCAUACGGGGGAAACGCUCUUAUCUGCCCGGAGUUCAGGUACUUGCUUCGUGGAUUUCAGUAUGUGACGUCAUUCAACGUUAACCCUAACAAAUGGCUGCAAGUGAACUUUGAUUGCUCUGUGAUGUGGGUUCGAGAUAAGAAUGCACUUAUAGACGCCCUCACCGUUAACCCGGCCUAUCUUCAGCAUGAUAAUGACGACCGGGUCAUAGACUACCGAAACUGGACCAUAUCUCUAAGUCGGCGAUUUCGGGCCCUUAAGCUUUGGUUUGUUAUCCGGAUGUAUGGCGUGGAAGGCUUGCAACAGUUCGUACGAUCGCAUGUUAGGCUGGCACAACUAUUUGAGACGCUGGUGCGACAGGACCCCCUAUUUGAAAUCGUCGGUGAUGUAGUCUUUGGAUUGGUUUGCUUCAGGGUUAAAGGACAGGACAAACUAACAGAGGCUCUUCUAAAACGUAUCAACACUUCAGGAGAAGCUCACAUGAUCUCAACUCGCUUGGAUGAUAAGUUUGUCAUCCGGUUUGCCGUUUGUCAUCCUCAAGCAACUGAAGAUCACAUCACACAGUCUUGGAACAUUAUUAGGCACCAUGCUUAUCACACAUCGUUCCCAAAGGAUGGCGCUGUUGAAAAGUUGUUACAGAAUUAG